GUGUUUAGACGAAUAAACCACACCUUUUCUGUCGAGUAUAUAAAGACGAGUCUAUCAGUAGUUUAAACAUCACACUACUGCUGAAAACAUUUUGGUAAAAACGUUCCCUAAGUUCCAUCUCUAGCACAAACAUGAAGGCUAUGUUCGCCGGUAUGCUGCUUCUGGUGGCUAUUGCCAAUGUCAUGGCUGGUUAUCUUGGUUAUGGAGGAUACGGUGGUGGUUAUGGAGGCCACGGAGGUGGCCUAGGUGGCUACGGCGGAUAUGGAGGUGGAUAUGGUGGUUAUGGUGGUGGCUACGGCGGAUACGGAGGUGGAUAUGGUGGUUACGGUGGCGGGCAUGGUGGCUACGGAGGUUAUGGCGGCGGACGUGGUGGAUACGGAGGUUAUGGCGGCGGACGUGGUGGAUACGGAGGUGGAUAUGGUGGUUACGGUGGCGGACGUGGUGGCUACGGCGGAUACGGAGGUGGAUACGGCUGGCAUUAGAAACCAACAAUUAUAUUUUUCUGAAAAGG